AAAUGUUCCUCUGUACCCCUAUGGAGAUAUUCCAUAAAAAUCAGCCGUUUCCAGCUAGAAUAGUCAUUUACGUCAUGGUUGCCUCGGUCCCCCAGCUUUUAUCCGUUUGUGUGCACUGUGUGUUGCUUGUUUGUAUGUCUUUGUUCAGUUAUGGUAUUAUUUUAUUUUCAAUUAAAAUAAAAAAAAAAUCUGCAAAUAAGAUUCAAGAUGGAAAUUAGCUGUACGUAAGUCUACAAUCUUUCAUAUUUGCGUGUAAAUGUUAAUUAAUGAACUGUUCCAUUUUAAAAACAACAAAAGCACUCAGAGAGCGCAAUACUCCGCCAAGGCUCCUUAGUCGUAUCAGUUCUGACGGAUAAGUCCUGAUAAGUCCACAGCGGUCGAUUUGUAGUGGGAUUGUAAUCAUGUGAUCAUCAGCAGGCAGCUGAUGUAGUGUUCACUUGUAGUUACAGUGACUCUGUGCUGCUAUCUUGCAAUGAUACAGAAAUCUUUAACAAGUCUGUGGAUCCAGACUAUAACUCACAUCACUGCCAAAAUCUAAUCAGUUGGUCCUUGUGUCAUUUCUGACCUUCCCUGAAAGUUUCAUCCCUAUUCAUUGGUCUGCUUUUGAGUAAUGUUGGAAACAGAGAGACAAACAGAUGGAUAUACGUAUGCCAGUCAUCACAUAACUCCACCAUGUUCCUUGGUGGAGUAAUGCCAGGUUUUCCUCAGAGAUCGAUCGAUUUUAGGGGUUUUCAGAGCUGCACUGCUGUGAAGAUUUGAGUCAGAUUUGGAUUCCAAGUUUGGCCUGAUUGACGUCCCAUUACCAGCCCUGUGGUCUCUGACAAUCCUCUGCAGCUCCCAGACCGAAACCCAAUCUGAGGACAAAGAGCAGCACAGUGCUGUUUGACUCCUGAUGCUCAUCUCACCAACAGCUGCAGGAUGACUGCACCGAGCAGAAUGUCAGGCACCGGCAGCCUUAAAUGGAGCCUCCAAAUGACUCCAAGGCUCGUUCGUCACACCGUUUACUGACGUGUGCUUGUUAGCAUCCAUCAGUUUUAAUUCUUUUAAGACCGAAAUUACUCAAGAAACGCCCAUUUCUCGUCUGCUAGAAAGGUUUGGGUGUAGAUUUGUGUCCGUCACAAAAGGUUAAAGCUGCCCUGAAGGUCGAAUACCUGCGACAGCUUUCAGAGUGCAUCAUCGGCUUCGGCCGUCUGAAACACUUCACUGGAGGAGAUAACUGAGAGCUGCUGUCUGAGAAUGCAGGAAAUAAGCGUCAACACCGGAUUCAGCUCUGUGGAGGUGGUGGAGCAGUUGAACUGCACCAGUACUGGUGCUGCAGGAAGAAAUACAAAUACUACAGCUUAGUGUCCAUCAAGUUCAUACAGGGAUUGGACAAAACUGAGGAGGUCUCAUUGAAGUUUUUGUACACACAAUUGAAAUAGAAUUCAUCCAGUUUUGAUGUUAAAACACCAUACUUAUAUACAAACUGGAAUAAUCAGGCAAAAAAUAUUGAGGAAAAAUGUAAAAUACAAACUGAAAAAGUCCAAAACUACCACAGAUCAUCCAUGUUUCUGACUCAAAGGAGCCUGCUUAGACACACAAUCAAAGUAGCUGAAUCAAAAGGUAAUCAGGUUUUCCUCUUCUAAGAUGUUGAUGCGACAUUAAAAUGGUCUCUAGACACCCUGAGAGUGAAGAUCUGACUGAGAAGAUAAUAAUGACCUGAAAUGCCCCCAACACUUUGACAGUCUUUUCCUUAUCAGUAACCUCUGCUUGUCUCCAAAAGCACAAACCAGCAUGAAUACAGACUCAUUUUACUACUAAUGUGGGAAAAGUCCUGACGGAAUAACAGUUGGAUGCAAAUGAGGAAUAUGAAUGGAUCCUCUUCUAUCAUCUGCUGGAUUUUCUCUGUUUGAAAACCGAUGUUCUGCAAAGACAGUUUAACUUUGUGGCAGAUUUAAGCAUCCUGAAGCCCGGUUUACAUUUAGAUUUUUACCAAAUCUUCCAUGUGGAAUUUCCCGGCUUCUAACUUGGCUUUUUUUGGAAGCAAAUGAGACGAAAUAAGUCUUCAUCUGCAUGUCAAGCAGUUCCGAAUUUCUCAAGAACAAAAAAAAGAUCAGCAUUAUUUCUGAAUCUUUCAAACUAAAACAUUGAUAUAAUCCUAAAUCCCCAAAAUUCCCUAACAGUUCUUGAUUUUUAAUAAAAACGUAUUGCUAUAAUUCCAGAUAUUAAAUUGCUUUGAGAUCGAAAAAAAUACCAAAAUGCAUCUCUUGUGAAAUUAAAUAUAUUAACUCCUCUUUACUUAGUGCAUUUGAAUGUAACACUCUUAAUUGAAAGCUAAUAAAGACAAAUUUAGGUUUCCUUCAACAGCAUUUAGUUUCUUCCUGUUUGUUCACCUUCAUUGUUUCAGUCACGGCUGAAUAUAAAUCAUUUCUCAGUACUGAGCAGACAAUAAUUGCCUAUUUGUGGGUCAGCGUGACUCCAGAGCAGCUGGGGUGUCCUUUCUCUUCUGAGGUUUUACUCAGGAUCUGUGUUGAGCUGAGUGAUCCACGGCAGAGCUCGGCCUCCCCGCUAUCUUUAGUGAAUGGAGACUUUAUCUGAACAUCCGUCAUCCAAGCUGCUGGUAUUUUUAGGGGUCGGCAGCAGCUGCGAAAGCAUUUCAUGCCCCCCGCCCUCCAUUCCAGCCCCCCUCGGUCUUUAGCUCUGGGACACUAUCAGAGCUGAUGAGUGGACCAACGUGGUCAUUUUCCUCCUGCCACCUGCAACUGGACACCAAACUAAAAGGAACACGGUACAAAUAUCUCCUGGGAAUAUGGAAGACCUGAUUGUUCCUCGCCUGCUUCACACUCAGUGAUCAGAAGUCGUGUCAGACGUGGACCAGACUCCAGAAACGACAAACCAGGAAGAAGCUGAAGAGCCUCAGAGCUUCAGGAGACCAAAUAUCAGCCAACACUUAAAGCAGAACCAUCUGAUGCCAGCUUGGAUGUUAUGAUUUUGAAGUUCGUACAACAGCGACAGAAUGCUUUAAAGAGAGCAACUCCUCAAGAGAGAGGUAAGUUUAUUCUGUGACUGAAUGGAUUAGGUGCCAGCAGCAUGCUCAGUGAGUAGCUCAGCACAUGAGUAUAGAUCCACGCUGCUAGAGGAUGUUCACUAUGGCGGUGCGUCACACAGCAGACAUGGUUGCAAUUCUUAAGGCCAAAGCAAAGCUGGUGACGACAUGAAGAAAACAAUUGUCAGAAGACUAAAAGUUUUCCAGUGUCUGCUACAAGAACAAUGUUUCCUUUAGUUGAGUCGGUGCAAGACCACAAAGUUGACGGCAACCUGCCAACUAUGCAACAAUUCAGGGACAAAAAACCCGACAGAAAUCCGGAUCCAGUGGAUGCACCAUCACACAUGUAUUUAUGGGUCAGUUUUGUCCCAGUUAGUGACUCCAGCAGGGUUAUGUGCUGUGUGACAGAUAGUCUCCAGAGUCUUUUUUUGGACAGACUACUUUAUAAAUACACUCUUAAAUGAGCUACAGCACCAGCUGAGACAAGCAGAGUGUUUGCUCAAAUCCACUUUAGUAAACCACCAAACAUGGGAGACAAACAAGUUCAAGCUUUGGAAACUACAUUUGGAAUGCUUGGAAUGACUUCAGCCAGAUUCCUGAUAAUAAUAUUAAUGUAACUAUCUGGAUUCAGUCAGUUCAUACAAGUAGAAAAGUUUUUAUCGUUUAGAUUGUGAUUUGUGUCAAAGAAACUGAACAACAGAUUUUCUGUGAUUGCAGACUAAACUAUACUUGUAUCUUCCAGCUUCACCAAAGACAAGAGGCGUAUUUGGAGAAUUCCCAAAGAAAAGACACUUCUUCAAUUAAACUAGACAAAAGGCGACGUAGUCAUGGACAUCUUCGGUGGUGCUCCUCGUGUUCUGGGCUACCCUCGGCCCGUACUGGCACAAUGUGGAACAGAUGCAACGCUGAAGUGCCAGAUCGGUGGAGACCCUCGUCCAGAUGUGAUCUGGGAGCGUAAAAAUGUCCAGAUCUUGUCUGAAGGACGCUACAAACUCUCCGAGGAGGGGAAAGUUUACAUGUUGACCAUUACUGGAGUGACCCAGCAGGAUGCCGGCCAGUACAUCUGCAAGGCCAGAAAUAGCAUCGGUGAAACCUACGCAGCAGCUUCGCUCAAAGUGGAAGGAGAGAACCAGGAACAGGAUGGAGAUCUGAGCCAAUCAAGGGUCAAUGGUGUGAAGCAACCCAUGAAAGAAAAUGGAGAAUGUGCCGGACAGCUAAAUGGCUUCUGCAAUGUGCAAAAUGGUGAAAACAGGAAAGAAAAUGGGCAGGAAAUGAACGGAGAACACAAGCGGAAUGGAAGGUUAAGUGAAAAGAAAGAAGAGGUUGAUUUAAUGCCUGAUGACAAACCGAGGUUCCUCAUCAAACCUUUGUCUCUGCGGGUGGAUCGGGGAGAAGACGCUGCCUUCUCCUGUAAAAUAUGGGGCACACCUUUACCUGAGGUGACCUGGGAGAAGGACGGGAAGAAGCUCAAUGACAUCUUCGAGAGUUCGCACUUCAGUGUGAGCAACCAAGAUGGCGGCUGGUUCCAGCUGAAGAUCUACUCAACACGCAUGCCGGAUAAAGGCGUCUACACCUGCAAGGCCAUCAACUGCCACGGCGAGGCCUUGGCCGGUGCCGUCCUUCUGGUCGAGCCAGUACCAGAGCGAGAGGACAAUAAGAUGUCCUCCAACGGUCACACCAACAGCCAGUGGUCACCGAAGUACCGGGCCGGGCGGCUCGGUUUGUCCAGGGUCACCGAGGAACCUCCUGUCAACGCGUCUAAAGUCAAGAAGUUCGCAGUAGCCGAGGGGAAGCACGCAAAGUUUCGCUGCUUCGUGACAGGGAAGCCGAAACCCGAGAUCAUCUGGAAGAAAGACGGGGUUCCCCUGGAGCCCGACAGACGUCACCUGAUAUUUGAGGACAGAGAGGGCUACUACACACUGAAGGUUCUGUACUGCAAAGUUCAGGAUACCGGACUGUAUGUGUGCGCUGCAUCCAACACUCUGGGAAACACUCUGAGUGCCGUUCACCUUACUGUCAAAGGUCCAGCUGUGCGGUUCAGGCGUCCACUGAAGGACGUGGAGGUGAAGGAGAGGGAUGUCGCCGUGUUGGAGUGUGAGGUUCCCGAUGAGUCGCUGCCGGCUGCCUGGUACCUGGAGGACCAGAGGCUGAUGCCCAGCAGCAAAUAUGGGAUGGAGCAGAAAGGAACCAAACGAAGACUCACCAUCCACGAUGUCGGGACGGACGAUGAUGGAGUCUACCUCUGUGAGAUGCCUGAUGGAGCAAAAAGCAUCGCUGAACUGUCGGUUAAAGGAACUAUAGUUCGUAAACUUCCUCGGAAGCUGGAGGUCCUGGAGGGUGAGAACGCAGCAUUCUGUGUGGAGGUGGAGAGCGACGACAUGGAGGUCCACUGGUUCAAAGACGGUUUGAAGCUACAUGAGACACACCAAACGAUUCUCAAGUCUUUUGGCAAGACUCACAUCCUCGUCUUCGUCAAUGUGGCCUAUCAGGACUCUGGCGUUGUGACAUUUGUUGCGGGAAGAUCCAAGACUUCAUCACGCCUAAAAGUCAAAGCCACCAGACACUGUCCUCCUAUCUGUCCGGUGGGAGUCAAAAUGGACGUGGAUCGGCCCAACAGUGCUCUGCUCACCUGGGUUCCCGCCCCAAACAGCCAGACCUCCACUCGCUCCAUCUUUGUGCUGGAGAUGAAAGAGGUGGGUUCCCAGGAGUGGCAGAAGUGUUUCACCUCAGAGACGUCCACGUCAGCGGAGGUCAUCGGCGACAGCGUGCCGUGUGAAGGCGACUACCGCUUCCGAGUCUGCUGCGUCAACAAGUAUGGACGAAGUGGCCACGUAGAGUUCCCCAAAGCGGUCCAUCUGGUCCCUGGACCAAAGAUACGCAGUCGCCUCCAAAGCUGCGAGGUUGAGGAAGGAGAAGACGCUCGCUUCUCCAUCGAACUGUCUGCCACAAUGGUUGGAACCUGGUUUUUGAAUAGUGCCCAGCUGCAGCACAGUGGACGAUAUUCAGUCCGACAGACCCAAACGCAACACUCGCUGGUGAUCCAUGAGGCUCAAACAGCAGAGGACACAGCAGAGAUCACGUUCAUCGCCAAUGGAGUCCGAGAUUCAGCUGUGCUCAGAGUUAAACAUGCUGUGGUCAAAUUCCAGCCUCAGUCGGAGUUCGACAGCAACAAGAAGGUGGAGGCAGGUGAAGCCAUUGUCCUCUACUGUGAGGUGUCCCACCCUUUUGCUAAAGUGUCCUGGUGCAAAGAUGGGAAGGAGCUCCAGGUGAGCAAAGGACUGAACAUCCAGUCAGAUGGGAAUAUGAGGAGGAUUGUAAUCCAGCCUGCUGAUGCAUCUCACUCUGGAGUUUACACAUGUGAAACUUCAGGGGACGUCAUCAAAUUCAAUGUGGAUGUUGCAGGUCCUCCAGUAGAGUUCAGUCCAGUCCCAGAGGAUGAGCUCCAUAAGUCCAGCAUGGAGCUGGACCCGGUGGUGCUGCUAUGCCACGUCUCCAGAGACGAUGCUGAAGUUGUUUGGUUCAAGGACGGCUGUGAGAUCCAGCCUGGCGACAACAUCACCCUGCAGGCUGAGGGAACCAUGAGAAGGUUGAUCAUCCGCUCAGCAGAGACCUCAGAUGCUGGAACCUACACUUGCCAAGCAGGAAACAACAGCAUGGAGUUCACCGUUAAUGUCAGAGAACCUCCAGCGAUGAUUGUGGAGCCCAAGGAUGAUGUCGUGAUGGAGAGCUACAUCUCAGAGGAGAUCCAGCUGCAGUGUGAGUUGUCUCGUUCCAGCGGGAAGGUUCGCUGGUUCAAGGAUGGCCAGCAGCUGGAGGAAAGUGACAACAUCCAGCUGCUAUCAGAAGGUCCUUACAGGAGGUUGACCAUCGUCUGCGGCUCAGUGGAGGAUGGUGGAGAGUACGUCUGUGAAACGGAUGGAGACUCCGUCUUUUUCCAGCUUACUGUUACAGAGCCACCAGUAAGAAUCCUGUCUCCCAGUGAAUCAGAGCUGGAAGUGACCUGUUUGGCUUCAGAGAGGCUGGAGCUCAGCUGUGAGAUUUCCCAGGUGGACGCUCCAGUGCGGUGGUACAGAGACAGCGUGGAGGUGGAGGAGGGUCAGAACCUGAUCCUGGAGGUGGAUGGAGCCCACCGCCGGCUGGUCAUACCCUUAACUACUGUAGAUGAUGCAGGCGAGUAUGUAUGUGACACUGAGGAUGACUCUGUGGCCUUCCUGGUGACAGUUACAGAGCAACCAGUGACGCUUACUCGUCCUAAAAACACACCUGACAAACUCGAGAGUUUUGCCGGGAAACCAAUCGUUCUUGAGAUCGAAGUCUCUCGACCUACCGCAGAAGUCACUUGGUGGCUAAAUGGUAGAGAAAUAGAGCAAAGCAGUAAUGUCACCAUCACAGAGGAUGGACUCACCCGCCGUCUAACCAUCCACGCUCCCACUCCAGAGUACUCCGGGAAGUACACCUGCGAUGCUGUUGAUGAUACAAUUGAUUUCCAGGUCAAAGUUUCAGAGCCACCAGUGAAGAUCCUAAGAAAGUCCGAGGUCAAAACAAACCUAAAGUUCCUGAUUUCUGACGACAUUGUACUGGAGUGCGAGCUCUCCAGAGCUAAUGCUGCUACCAAAUGGUACAAAGAUGGCUGCCGUGUUGAGGGUGAUGAAAGGUUCUGCGAAGAGGAGGAAGGAUCUUUCCGCUCACUGGUUAUCCUCAAUGCUGAACUCAAAGACUCAGGAGAGUAUUUCAUGGAUGUUGGCGACGACAGUAUCAGCUUCCAGGUUACAGUAGAAGAGCCUCCAGUGGCUAUUGUAGGAAACUCUAGUGACCCCGACUACCAGGAGAUGGUGGCCGGUGAUGACCUGAUCCUGGCCUGCGAGGUGUCCCGUCCCAAUGCUCCAGUUCAGUGGUUCUGUAAUGAUAAGCUGCUCACUGAUGACUCUAGAACCUACAUCGAGAGCUACGGGACUCUAAGGAAAAUCAUCAUCUCAUGCGUCACGUCUUCAGACUCUGGAAAAUACGUUUGUGACGCUGUGGAUGACAAGAUGAUCAGCAUCGUCCGGAUUCAAGAACCUCCAGUUACAUUUGUAAACAAGGAGGAUGACAUUGUGGUGACGGGUUACGAAGCAGAGAGCGUGGAGUUGACUAGCUAUGUGUCCAAGGACAGUGCUCUGGUGCGCUGGAUGAAAGACUGGACGCCCGUUGAAGGCGAACGCUUUAAAUCUCUCAUGGAGGGUCAUAAACGCACUCUGAUGAUCGAGCCUCUGAGGCGGUCCGAUGCCGGCGAGUACACCUGCGACGUCAACACAGAUCAGAUCCACUUCAGCCUGCUGGUGAAAGAAAUGCGAAUUAAGUUCACGAGGCCCCUUCAGGAUACCGUGGCCCAUGCUGACGGUAUGGUGACCCUUCGCUGUGAGGUGUGCAAACCAAAAGCAGACGUCCAGUGGCUGAAGAACGGCAUGGAAAUGGUUCCGAGCAGGAGGUUCACUAUUCGGGCAGAUGGAGUCGAGCGAAGCUUGACCAUCCACCGUUUAACCGGAGAGGAUGCAGGAGAGUACGCCUGUGAGUCCAGAGAUGACCGGACCGUUGCCAAACUGAAAGUAGAGUUGCCCAGAGUGGUGGAGUUCCUCACCGAGCUCCACAACACAACAGUGCUAGAAGGUGAAGACGCCACCUUCAAAUGUGUCGUUUCUCCUGAUGACGUCCAGCUGGUCUGGCUCAUGGACAAUGAGCCUAUCACAAUGGGAGAUCGUUUCCAGGCAACCCAGAAUGGCCUGUGUCACACCUUGCUGAUUAAAAAGUGCCAGAUGUUGGACUCUUCAAAGAUUACUGCAGAGGCAGAAGGGAAAAUAAGCAAAGCAAGUCUCAAAGUUCAGGAGGCUCAGGUGAUGUUCACCAGGAGAAUGGAGGCUGUUAUGGUGGAGGAGUUUGGUGAUGCCACCAUGGAGACAGAGAUCAGCCUGGAGACAGGAGAGGUCCAGUGGAUGAGGCAGGGGGUGGUCAUCCAGUCUGGACCCCGACACACUGUGGCUCAGAAUGGCUGUAAACGCAGUCUCACCAUUCACAACCUGACCAUGUCCGACCGGGGAACCUACCGCUGCGAGACUCUUCACGACCGGACGCAGGUCAAACUCAACGUAGAACCCCGUAAAAUCUCCAUCCGCAAAGGCCUGACUGACCAAGAAACCCUGGAACGAGAGACGGCCUCCUUUGAGGUGGAGCUGUCCCACACCGACGUGGAGGGCGUCUGGCAGAAGGACGGCAUCCGGGUGAAGCCAAACAGCCAGUGGCGGGUCAGCACCAACGGCCGGGUCCACGGCCUCACCCUGUCCGGCCUCACCCUAGAGGACACAGGCACCAUCGUGUUCUCAGCUGAAGGCGUGCGCACUUCAGCCAGGCUCACCGUGAAAGAGACACCAGUGUCCAUCUUGAAACCGCUGGCUGAUGUGCGUGUGGAGGAGGAAUUUCCUGCCACUCUGGAGUGUGAAUUAUCCAGACAAAAUGUUGAAGUCAGAUGGCUCAAGAAUGGGAUGGAGCUGAAGUCGGGAAAGAACUGUCGGAUCUACUCCAUGGGUCGGAAGCGUUUCUGUCAGAUCAUGCAGUGUUGCUGUGCUGAUUCUGGCUCCUACACCUGCGAUACAGGAGAAAUCAACACUUCAUGUACAUUGGAGGUUUAUGAGCACGAGUUGCAGAUAGUGCAGGACCUGGAGGAUCUGUACAUCCAGGAGGACCAGAACGCCGUCUUCAUGUGUGAGGUUUCUCUGGAGGACGUGACCGGGGAGUGGUUCAAGGACGGACACAAGAUCCGACCCACCAGCACCAUCAAGACCCGCACUGAAGGGACCAAACACUUCCUGUUGAUGUGUAACGUCACAGCUGAAGAUGCUGGAGAAAUCCGCUUUGCAGCCAGAGAUGUUGAAUCCACAGCGUACCUGGAGGUGGAAGAGCUUCCGGUGUCCAUAGUAAAACCCCUGAGAGACCGAACAGCACUGGAGAAGCACCGCGUGAUCCUCGAAUGCACCGUUUCGUCGCCUCGCUGCAGUGCCACGUGGUACAAAGGCCGAGAGGAGCUGGUUCCCACAGAUCGGCUGGAGAUCCUGACUGACGGCUGCUGCCACAAACUGGUGAUCCAGCAGGUGGCCGUGGAGGACGAGGGCACCUACAGCGUCGAGGUGGGCGAGCACACGUCCAAGGCCAAGCUCCUGGUGGAAGCUCAGGCCCUGGUCAUGGUCCAAGAUCUCGAGGACAUUGAGGUGACGGAACCAGAACCGACGUCUUUCCAGUGUGAGGUGUCGGUCGCCAUUAACAAGCCUCCUGUUUGGACUCUGAAUGGAGAAACCCUUCAGCCGGGUCCUUCAGUCCGUCUGGAGAACCACGGGACGCUGCAUAAACUGACCCUGAAGAACACCAGCGUGGACAUGAGCGGGACGGUGAACUUUACUCUGGGGAAGGCGAAGAGCAGCGCAAUGCUCAGCGUGGUGGUAAACUAAAGAGAAGGCUGAGGAAAGAAAGUGACUCUGGAGGGUGAGAAGAAAGUGAAAAGACCGAUUGUGAGGAUGGGAAUCACUGAUUAACCCGAAAACUGCACCUUCUUCUUCUGUGGUGAUUUCAAUGAAAGGUUUCAACAAGCUUAGACAGACCGAACAGGUGCCGUCAGUCAGAUAUAAUACAUUUUUUACAGCGUAGAUUGUAUCUAUUUGAUUUCUAGUUGACUUCCUUCUUGAUUUUGGUGAAAAACUCCCAAAAUAAAACGAAGUCUUUUAAAAAAAAAGUUCUCUGAUUAAGGAAGUAAUCAUUAAACUCAACAAACUAUGAACAAGGUGUUAAUAUUUUCGAAAAUCGAUAUGCUAAAUAAUAAUAAUUAUAAUGACACUAUGGCGGGAUCUUGUUUAACCUUGAGGUAAAGUGAAUCUGCAACAAAAAUGUGAAAGAAAGACAAACUCCAGAGUUAGAAGAUGCUGCUUUUCUCUGUCUUGGAAGGAAAUCACAUUUUAAAAUCAUUUUUCACACUAUUAAGUAAUAUUGGGAUACAAUCAUUAAAACUACAUUAUUCUGCCCAAUAAACCGCACUAUGGAGCUUUAA